AUGGCUGCCCCGGGGCCGGCCCGGCUCCUCCGGGCUGCCGCCGCUUCCUCCCGCCGCUGGCUCUUCUCCGCCUCGCCGGCAGCCGGGACGAGGCCGGGCUGCGGCAGCGCCGCCGCUGCUGUGCGGGCAGCCCGGCAGUUCAGCCUCUCUGCCCGGACGGUGCUCAGCUCAGAAGAUAAAAUAACUGUUCAUUUCAUAAAUCGUGAUGGUGACAAACUAACAGCCAAAGGAAAACCUGGGGAUUCACUGCUGGAUGUUGUUGUUGAUAAUAAUCUAGACAUAGAUGGUUUUGGUGCAUGCGAAGGAACGCUAGCCUGUUCAACUUGUCAUUUAAUCUUUGAAGACCACAUAUUUGAGAAACUAGAUGCAAUUACUGAUGAAGAGAUGGACAUGCUGGACCUGGCAUAUGGCCUCACAGAAACAUCACGUUUAGGCUGCCAAAUCUGCUUGAAGAAAUCAAUGGAUGAUAUGACUGUUCGAGUACCAGAAGCUGUUGCUGAUGCUAGACAAUCAGUAGAUAUGAGUAAAAACUCCUAAAAGAAAGUAUCUUAGGAGUUUUAAAGAAGCUUAAUUAUUUUUAUAACUUAUUUUUAAAUGUGUAAUUAAAUAUGGAAACUUACAUAAUUGUGAGUUAUUUUAUAUGACUAUCAAUAUUAGAUUAAUGCUAUUUUAAUUUUCUUUAUAGAACCUCCUAUAUUUUUACGCUUAAAAUGCAAUAAUACUUCUUAUAACUGAUCAUUGGAUUAUAAAUGUUAGCAAGUGUAUUACAGACUUCAUAUAACAUUAUUCUGCCAAAACCUUUAAUGAUGUUUGAAAACUGGAUCACUUCUAAAAACCUCUGGGCAUUUCUAGGUUUCAGACCUGGUUAUGUAAGAGAACAAAACUUGUAAAACUGCAUGGGGUCUUUUUGAAGUGUUGUCAUUAAAGAUGGUAUGCUCAGAGCUAAUUCAUGUUCUCAGUAAAUACGAUACUUCCUCAGUAAAUAGUGGAUUUUCAGGGUAGGUGUUUUCCAAACUUUGGAAUCUUAAUGAGAAGUGGCAAAUUUUGUCUUGCAGAAAUACUGAUAAAACCAUGAAAUGUAGGGUCUGAUACAGAAUGUUUGCACCUGCAGCUUAAUUGCUGCAGUGCAUCUCUUGCCCAAAUCAGAAGUCAGUAAACCUCAACUGUAUUUAUGUUUGACUACACCACAAAUACGGUGAUACACAUGGCUUAGAGUAAAGCCUUGGAGCUGUCUAAUGGGAGGGCUUAACCACUGGAGGUAAAUGUAAAUUCUUGCUGUUCUCUGAAGAUGUCUGAGUUGGGAUUGAAGAGGGCAAUGUUUGUCAACAUAAGACUUGUUCUGAAAUCUUUAUCCCUUACUUUUUUGGUUUUGAGCUUGUUCACGAGGCAGUCUGAUACUAGCUAGGGCAUUCAGCUUGAAGAGAUUCCUAGAUUCUGAGCCUUGCUCUCAAGAUCAUUUCUGUGAUGGUUGAUGUGAAAUGACCAAGUAUAUUCAUUCCAUAAAGAUGGACUAGGUUCUCCAGAAGAGGUAGGGAGACUCCCAUGGUGGGGUAGCAUGUGGACUGAUGAUGAAGAGCUUUCAGUUGGAUCUUGUUUUAGUCUUUCUAAAGUAGACCAAAAUAAAAUAAUGUCUCUAAAGACUCUUUAAGCAACAAAAAUUGGAGAGAAUAGCAAAUACUUAGAUGAAAUGAUUGUCACUAAUAUAAUAGUUAUUCCCCUUAUAAGGUCAUUUUGGGGCAUAUUUAUACAUAUAUAACAUGUUUAUUUACAUUUGAAUGAUCUAAUGCAUUCAUUAAUGCCUUAUUUGAACUAGUGGCAAUGACAUCUAGAUGUCUUUUCUUGCAUUAUUAUAUUUAUGGGAGAGAGGAAAAAAUAUUUUUCCAAUGUCAAAUAUUAGGAUUAUUUUGAGCUUCAUAAAGUGAAAAAAGUCCCUCUUUGUUAUAAAAAGAAAUAUUUUCUAGAACUGUACUGAAAAUGGAUCUAGUUAAGAUUCUUUAAUUUCUUCUCUGAGGAUCUAUUACUUUGUUUCCUGGUGUUCCCGUUGGACUUUCCCCUAAAACAAGAUAUGCUUAAUGUGGUCUGCUCAGAACUUUAUCAUAUAGGGUUUUCAGAAUACACUUCCUAUUUCAUCUAAUUCAAAAUAUGACUUCAGAGUUGAAAUUUUCUGGCUUUUUGGAAGACAGAGAGAGCGAGGUUGGGGCAAAAGGUGAAAAUAAAGUGAAGAAAUGUUCUGAAGAUAGUGCUGUCUUUCUCUUCAACUGCUGUGGCUCUAACUGUAAUUUAGAGGUUACCUUCCCACAAUCAGGCGCUAAGGUAAAUCAGUUCUCACUUUGUAUUGACUUUGUCCUGAGUUCAUUUAUGUACAGUAAUUAUUAUUAAAUCUUGAACUUUUCUUACAUGAGACACAGUUCUUCAGCUUCCAAGAGAGGGAACUCAGGUCAUAACCAGAAGUACUGUGCAUUCUUACACAGAAAAGAAAUCCCAGGUUUCAGUGUAGCUGUGGGGUUUGAGGGUAGGUGUUGGUGGUUGGGUUUUGGGGUUUUCUUUGUUUGCUUUGGGUUGGUUCUUUUUACUUACAGCACCAGGCACUUCUCAGUGUGGGAAUCUUGAAGCGCUUAACACUGUGUUAAACAAACGUGAAACAGCUCUCAUGUGACAGUUUUCUUUCUAAGCCAAGGUUGUUUCAUUGUGCAUUUCCUGUGACAGCUUCUCAUUACAAAGACUUCAACUCGCCUAUAGUGUGCCUGUGGAAGGAAUUCUUUAGCACAGCAAGGCAAAAAAGGACACUUUAAAGUUCAUCUUAAAUUCUAGAGGUAUCCCAUGUUGCAUGCAAAUGGAAAUCUCAGAAGGCAAAGGAACUGACAUGUAAUCCCCAAAAUGCACAGCUUGGAGAUACUUGUUUCCUUAGUGUCAAAAUGGUUUGCAAAUAAAUCUUAUUUUA